AUGAAGAACUACGCAUCUAUUCUUGAAUUGCUGCUCAGGUUGCGCCAAGCUUGCGAUCAUCCGUACCUGGUAUUCGCUGCAGCGCUCAGUAAGGAUUCAGUCAGGUCUAAGGAGUGUCCACUUUGCUUGGAUGUGAUUGAUGAUGCUGUUGCACCGAGAGAAUGCGGCCAUCCGGCUUGUAGAAGUUGCUUGUUAGAAUGCGUGCAGCGGACCAAGAGGUGCCCUGUCUGCAGAGCUGACAUUACCUUCGAGAGCAUUGGUACGCUGCCAAGGGCUACUAGAUUUUCAGUGGAUCUCAAGACGAGAUGGAGAUCCAGCGCUAAAGUAGACGCGUUACUGAAGGACCUUGCCGAAAUACAAACUCUCCGAAAACAGAAUGGUGCUGAGGGAGUCGGAAAGACAGUCGUUUUCUCUCAAUUUACGAGCAUGCUAGAUCUCGUCUGGAUGGCUCUCGACAGAGCGAAAAUUAAGUCUCUCCGUAUCGAUGGAUCUCGUUUUGAGAACGAGAAAGAGUUAUCAUUGUCCACUUCAAAUGUCUUGCUUGUAUCCCUUCGGGCGGGCGGCGUUGGUCUAAACCUUUGUGCUGCAUCAUGUGCCAUCCUCUUAGAUAUUCACUGGAACCCUCAAUUCGAUGCGCAAGCACAGGAUCGUGUGCAUAGGCACGGGCAAACCAGAGAUGUGGUCAUCAAGAGGUAUAUCGUGAAUGGGUCGGUGGAGGAACAACUCCUAAAAGUACAAAAAAGGAAGCAGGAUAUCGCAGAUGGAGCCCUCGGAGCAGCUACCGAGAAAGACAAGAAGCAGGCUAAGUUGACCGAGCUCAAGCUUUUAUUCGCCGAGGCCUAA